AUGUCAGUAAAUAAGGAGAACAGUUCCGAAUCUGGUUCUCUACACGAAUUUGAAGUCCGUUUUGAUGGGAGUGACGAUGAUAUAGAAGAUGCACUCCGUCUUUCGGAAACACGCAAAUGGCUAAUCGUUAUCCUCAUUUCAUUGGGAUCAGUAUGCAUAACAUCAAUAUCCUCUGUUUGGGCUUUAGCUUCUAGGCAUAUUAUGAGAAAAUUUCAUAUUAGCCACGAAGUAUCAACGCUUGGUAUAUCCUUUUACAUUUGGGGUCUAGGCACGGGUGGUAUCUUUUUAUCUCCCAUCCUGGAGUUCCAUGGGCGCAAAAUUGUAUACACAUUGGGAUUAUUUGUGGUAUUUGCAUUUCAGUUCGUUCCCGCUUUCUCAAACAACAUUGGCUCUAUACUCUUUUCACGAUUCAUUAGUGGUUUUUUCGGGGCUUCUUUUUUGUCUGUUGCGAGUGGUACUUUCAGUGACCUUUUCCGCAAGACGGAGCGGAAUUCAAAGGGGAGACCUGAUCAAACUAAAGCCUUAAACCAAGCUUUAGUUAUGUAUUCUGCAUCUCCUUUCAUAGGGCCAGGCUUGGGUCCCCUAAUUUCAGGGUUCGUUAAUGAGCAUCUAAAUUUCAGGUGGACCUUCUAUAUUAUGGCCAUUUGGUCUGGAGUUGUAAUGGUUGCGGUAAUUUUCUUCAUUCCCGAAACAUACGAACCCGUGCUAUUAAAGAAAAAGGCAAUUAGACUUAGAAAAACAACUGGGGAUGACAGAUGGUUUGCUCCCAUAGAGCUCAAUAAGGCUUCAAUUUAUGAGAGUAUAAUAUUGUCCUCGAAGCGGCCUAUACUUUUGAUAUUUCGAGACAACAUGACCCUUGCUUUAUGUUUUUACUCUGGUUUUGUACUAGCAAUCGUUUACAUGUUUUUCGUUUCCUUUCCCUAUAUCUUCGAAUCAGUAUAUGGCUUUAGUCUACAAGACCAAGGACUCUCAUUUGUUGGUUUGAUAUUGGGUUUGGGAAUCACAGCAUUCGUAUCUCCUCCCAUUUUCGACCAUAUCCUCGAAAAAUUGACUAAGAAAAAUGGAUAUUAUUGCACAGAGUACCGCUUUCUCCCGCUUAUUGCGGGGGUUUUCAUUAUUCCUAUUGGUUUAUUUAUCAUAGCAUGGACUUCAUAUCCUCAGUGCCAUUGGAUUGCACCUAUUGUUGGUUCAUUUUUUUAUGGAAUGGGCACCAUUUUGGUUUUCAAUGGUAUUUUUUCGUAUACUGUGGAAGCUUAUAGAAAGUAUACCGCUUCAGCUAUGGCUACCAACUCCUUUGUUCGUUCUGCCAUGUCUGGAGUGUUUCCUUUGUUCACGUUGCAAAUGUACAAGAAAAUGAAUAUUCACUGGGCGACGACAUUACUCGCACUUUUGGGUUGUCUUUUGAUUCCAAUCCCUUUUAUAUUCUAUAAAUACGGGGCCGAACUACGAAGGAAGAGUCCCUAUACCUGGAGCGAAUGA